GAUGCACAUAGAGAGUCGUCGCCGCAGAAAGAAAGAUCAGUCAGCAGAUCGCCACGAUGAGUCGCAGCCCGGAAAGGAUGUCCUCGUACCGCCGCCACUUUGAGGAAUGUACUGCCAGCAGUGCCUCAUACCGCGGACGGCUGCCCAGCCUGUCGCCGCCCCGCCGCACAGUGCGGCCACGCUCCGCCAGUUGGAACCGCACCUCCGACCGAAAUGUACCAGGAGACUGGACACGGGCAGGCAGGGGGACCGCCUCGGAACUGUUUGGACGUCGCAUGACAAGCUUGGGAACGAUAUACCUGGCUACAGGGCCUACUCUGGAUCUGGACGCCGCCACCGCCAAAAAUCAGGAAUUCAUGAGCACAAGAAGCAACGAAAGGAAGGAGAUGGUGAUUCUGAAUGACAGGCUGGCUGCUUACAUCGAGAGGGUGCGGAACUUGGAACAGGACAAUCGGAUUCUGGAGGCAGAGGUGGAGACUCUGAAGAGUCAGUGUCUGCCUCCACAAGGCCUGAGGCUUCUGUAUGAGGAAGAGCUCUGUGAUCUACACCAUUUAGCUGAUCAGAUGAAAGCUCAGAGGGAUAUGACAUUUGCUGCAAGAGAUGCCAUGACUGGUGAAUUGGAGAUCAUAAAGACGAAAUAUGAAGAAACUGUUGUGGCUCGGAAGAAGGCCGAUGAUGAAAUUGAGGCAUUCCGCCCAGUUGUUGAUGCUACCACUACAACAUGUAUGGACCUUGAAAAGCAGCUGAACAACCUAGAAGCUGAACUAGAAUUUCUGAAGAGAUUGCACAAGGAGGUAAUUGAAGAACUAAUGAAGCAGAUCUAUAACAUUGCCAGUGUUGAUGUGAGUUACACAAUUCCAGAUUUGGCUGCGACUCUUAAAGAUAUUCAACUUCAGUAUGAAGAAAUAUCAGCAAAGAAUUUGCAGGAAAUGAAUGAAUGGUAUAAAAGCAAUUUUUUUGAUCUGAAUCAAACAUCUGCCAAACACAUAGGAAACAUGCGAAGUUCACGGGAAGAACUUGCAAAAUAUAAAAAAAAUUUUCAACAUAGUCGGAUGGAAUUGGAUGCACUGAAGGCCCGAAGGGCAUUACUGGAGGCUCAAAAAAAAGAGGCUGCAAAUAAAUAUAACAAAGAGAUUGAAGACCACGAGAACAAGGCUGAACACUUACGGCAAGAAUUGGAUGCCAUUAAGGAAAAAAUUGCCUUACAUCUACGGGAAUAUCAGGACUUACUGAACAUUAAGAUGGCUCUGGAGGUUGAAAUCACAACAUACAGGCAGUUGAUUGAAGGAGAGGAUUCUCGCCUGUCAACAGUGAUGAGUGGGUUUUAUGUGUUGGAGCAUGGAAACCGCAAUGCCACUGAGAACAUUUCUAAGGAGCAGGCUGUCAAGAUGACAGAAAGGAAAACUAUACAUAUCAGAACUGUUAAAACAGAUGAAGAUGUAUUGUAAAAAGACACGCAAGAAAGAACCAUUACAAUCUCUGGUGCUGCAGAUUAUAGUGAUGAAGAAUAAGAACUUUAGAAACAAUGAUCAAAUUGGUUUAAAAUUCUGUGACAUUUAUUAUAAUGCUCUGAAUUCCUUUAUAAAAGUGCCAUUGAAUAUUGAAAGAGUAGAAUUUCAAUAACAUUGGCUUGAACGCAAUGCCAACACUCUGUGAUUUUGCUUCUUUAAAUAAAAGUACCAGCAUUAAA